AUGUCGGAUACGCGGCGGCGAGUGAAGGUCUAUACCCUGAAUGAAGACCGGCAAUGGGACGACCGAGGCACCGGGCACGUCUCGUCCACGUACGUGGAGGAGCUCAAGGGGAUGUCGCUGCUGGUUCGGGCGGAGUCGGACGGAUCACUACUUUUGGAAUCAAAGAUAAAUCCAAACACUGCAUAUCAGAAACAACAGGAUACGUUAAUCGUUUGGUCAGAAGCUGAAAACUAUGAUCUGGCUCUAAGUUUUCAGGAAAAAGCUGGCUGUGAUGAGAUCUGGGAGAAAAUUUGUCAGGUUCAAGGUAAAGAUCCAUCAGUGGAAGUCACACAGGACCUCAUUGAUGAAUCAGAAGAAGAACGAUUUGAAGAAAUGCCUGAAACUAGUCAUCUGAUUGACCUGCCCACAUGUGAACUCAAUAAACUUGAAGAGAUUGCUGACUUAGUUACCUCAGUUCUCUCCUCACCUAUCCGUAGGGAAAAGCUGGCUCUGGCCUUGGAAAAUGAAGGCUAUAUUAAAAAACUACUGCAGCUCUUCCAAGCUUGUGAGAACCUAGAAAACACUGAAGGCUUACACCAUUUGUAUGAAAUUAUUAGAGGAAUCUUAUUUCUAAAUAAGGCAACUCUGUUUGAGGUAAUGUUUUCUGAUGAGUGUAUCAUGGACGUCGUGGGAUGCCUUGAAUAUGACCCUUCUCUGGCUCAGCCAAAAAGACAUAGAGAAUUCCUGACAAAAACUGCAAAGUUUAAGGAAGUUAUACCAAUAACAGACUCUGAACUAAGGCAAAAAAUACAUCAAACUUACAGGGUACAGUAUAUUCAGGACAUCAUUUUGCCGACGCCAUCCGUUUUUGAAGAGAAUUUUCUUUCUACUCUUACAUCUUUUAUUUUCUUCAACAAAGUUGAGAUAGUCAGCAUGUUGCAGGAAGAUGAGAAGUUUUUGUCUGAAGUUUUUGCACAAUUAACAGAUGAGGCUACAGAUGAUGAUAAACGGCGUGAAUUGGUUAAUUUUUUCAAGGAGUUUUGUGCAUUUUCUCAGACAUUACAACCUCAAAACAGGGAUGCAUUUUUCAAAACUUUGGCAAAGCUGGGCAUUCUUCCUGCUCUUGAAAUUGUAAUGGGCAUGGAUGAUUUGCAAGUCAGAUCAGCUGCUACAGAUAUAUUUUCUUAUCUAGUAGAGUUUAGUCCAUCCAUGGUCCGAGAGUUUGUAAUGCAAGAAGCCCAGCAGAGUGACGAUGAUAUCCUUCUCAUCAACGUAGUAAUUGAACAAAUGAUCUGUGAUACUGAUCCUGAGCUAGGAGGUGCUGUUCAGUUAAUGGGGCUUCUUCGUACUCUGAUUGAUCCAGAGAACAUGCUGGCUACCACUAAUAAAACUGAAAAGAGUGAAUUUCUAAAUUUCUUCUACAACCAUUGUAUGCAUGUCCUCACAGCACCACUUUUGACCAAUACUUCAGAAGACAGAUAUGAAAAGGAUAAUAUAGUUGGACCUAACAAAAACAGCAUGAUUUGUCCCGAUAAUUAUCAAACAGCACAGCUGCUUGCUUUAAUUUUAGAGCUACUCACAUUUUGUGUGGAACAUCACACAUAUCACAUAAAAAACUAUAUUAUGAACAAGGACUUGCUAAGAAGAGUCUUGGUCUUGAUGAAUUCAAAGCACACUUUCCUGGCAUUGUGUGCUCUUCGUUUUAUGCGGCGGAUAAUUGGCCUUAAAGAUGAAUUUUAUAAUCGUUACAUCACAAAGGGAAAUCUUUUUGAGCCAGUUAUAAAUGCUCUUCUGGAUAAUGGAACUCGGUACAAUUUGUUAAAUUCAGCUGUUAUUGAGUUAUUUGAAUUUAUAAGAGUGGAAGAUAUCAAGUCUCUUACUUCACAUAUAGUUGAAAAUUUUUAUAAAGCACUUGAAUCGAUUGAAUAUGUUCAGACAUUCAAAGGAUUGAAGACUAAAUAUGAGCAAGAAAAAGACAGACAAAAUCAGAAACUGAACAGUGUACCAUCUAUAUUGCGUAGUAACAGAUUUCGCAGAGAUCCAAAAGCCUUGGAAGAGGAUGAAGAAAUGUGGUUUAAUGAAGAUGAAGAGGAGGAAGGAAAAGCAGUUGUGGCACCAGUGGAAAAAUCUAAGCCAGAAGAUGAUUUUCCAGAUAGCUAUGAAAAAUUUAUGGAGACUAAGAAAGCAAAAGAAAGUGAAGACAAGGAAAACCUUCCGAAAAGGACAUCUUCUGGAAGCUUCAAAUUUACUUUCUCCCACUCGGCCAGUGCUGCCAAUGGUGCCAACAGUACAAACAGUAAAUCUGUGAUGGCACAGGCACCACCAGCAAGUUCCAAUGGGUCCUCUUCCAAGACGGCAACCUUGCCUUCAUCAAUAACAGCCACCAAGGGAAGUUUGGUUGGUUUAGUGGAUUAUCCAGAUGAUGAAGAGGAAGAUGAAGAAGAAGAAACAUCUCCUAGGAAAAGACCUCGCCUUGGCUCAUAA